AUGCCGGGAGUCAGACCGGAGGCCAGGUUCGGGGUUGGAGUUUACUUCAAUCAGGAUCUAAAAGAAUGUCCCUUAGUGUUUUUCUCCCUGAGUUCCAGCUACGCGCCCCCGCCUCUCCUGCGCCCUUGCACCUCCUGGGACAGCAGGCGGUUUCCGGUUCCUUCCCGCCCCCCACUCCCCCGCUUGCAUCCAGGGUCCGCAGCGGCCCUGCCACCGGCCCUCCAGUCCCCAAACCUUUGUCGAGCCGCACCUCCCCGCGGGUUACUCCGUCCCGGCAGUUUUGUCCAGGAUGACCUCCGCCGCUAUUCCGUGGACCUACGCUACACAGUCUCCCAGACCACGGGCUCUGUCCCCAUCUCCACGGUCAUCAUCAGCGAGGCCACUGGGAGCCGCACCAUCCUCCAUGCCUACAGCUUCCUGGUGGCUGACUUCAGGCAGCGGGGCGUGGAUGUGUCCCAGGUGGCCUGGCAGAGCAGAGGGGAGACCCCGUGCUCUUGCUGCAUCGUCAACAACUCCACUGGCUCCCGCACCAUUGUGCUCUACGACACGAACCUGCCAGAUGUGUCUGCUACAGACUUUGAUAAGGUUGAUCUGACCCGGUUCAAGUGGAUCCACAUUGAGGGCCGGAACGCUUCAGAGCAGGUGAAGAUGCUGCGGCGGAUAGAACAGCACAAUGCCACGCAGCCUCCGGGUCAGAAGAUCCGAGUGUCCGUGGAGGUGGAGAAGCCCCGAGAGGAGCUGUUCCAACUGUUUGGCUAUGGAGAUGUGGUGUUUGUCAGCAAAGAUGUGGCCAAGCACUUGGGGUUCCGGUCAGCGGGGGAGGCCCUGAGGGGUUUGUACGGUCGUGUGAGGAAAGGGGCUAUGCUGGUCUGCGCCUGGGCUGAGGAGGGCGCUGAUGCACUGGGCCCUGAUGGACGGCUGCUCCACUCGGACGCCUUCCCUCCACCCCGGGUGGUGGAUACUCUGGGGGCCGGAGACACCUUCAACGCCUCGGUCAUAUUCAGCCUGUCCCAGGGCAAGAGUAUGCAGGAGGCCUUGAGGUUUGGCUGCCAGGUGGCCGGCAAGAAGUGCGGCCUGCAGGGCUUUGAGGGCAUCGUGUGACUGCCCUGUGGCAGGGGGCCCUGGCUCACACACCCCCUCCCUGGAGGCUGGCGCCUCCAUCCAGCCUGGCGCCCGCACUGCCUGUGGAGGGCGCUCCCCCUGUGUCCUGGGGGCUCACACCACCAAGCCGCCGGAAAUAAAUCUCCUGCCCCAGAGCCGGCUUCCUUCUGCC